AUGAGGGGCCUGGUCUCCUUCAUUGCAGAUCUUCGAAACGCCCGUGCACGAGAGUUGGAAGAGAAGCGUAUCAACAAAGAGCUGGCAAACAUUCGGGGCAAGUUCAAGCAGGGCAACUUGACAGGCUACGACAAGAAGAAGUAUGUGUGCAAACUGCUCUACAUCUACAUCUUAGGCUGGAACGUCGACUUUGGGCAUCUGGAGGCGGUGAACCUGAUCUCGGCCAACAAAUACUCGGAGAAGCAGAUCGGCUACCUCGCCGUCACCUUGUUCCUGCAUGAGCAACACGAAGUGCUACACCUGGUAGUGAACAGCAUCAGAAAAGACCUGGCCGACCACAACGAGCUCAACAACUGCCUAGCGCUGCACGCGAUUGCCAAUGUCGGUAGCAAGGAGAUGGCCGAGGCGCUGUGUGGCGAUGUGCACAGAUUACUGGUAUCCCCCGCCUCGAAGCCCUUUGUGAAGAAGAAGGCUGCCCUCACCCUAUUGCGACUCUACCGCAAAGUCCCCAAUAUCGUCCAGCCGGAGUGGAAUGAGCGCAUCGUGGCCAUCAUGGACGAUCCCGACAUGGGGGUGGCAUUGUCCGUGACAUCACUGGUCAUGACACUUGCACAGGACGAUCCAGAAACCUACAAAGGAAGCUAUGUCAAGGCGGCGCAAAAGUUACGAAAUCUCAUCAACGAUCAAGACUACUCCGGAGAUUAUGUGUAUUACAACGUCCCCUGCCCAUGGUUGCAGGUGAAGCUCCUCAGAUUGCUUCAGUAUUUCCCGCCAUCGCAAGACACGCACAUCCGACAACUCAUACGCGAUUCAUUACAAGCCAUACUGGACACCGCGAUGGAAACACCGAAGAAUGUCCAGCAAAACAACGCCCAGAAUGCAGUCCUCUUCGAAGCGAUCAACCUCAUCAUCCAUUUGGAAACCGAGCGCGAAUUGAUGGUCCAGAUUUCCACUCGACUCGGCAAGUUCAUUGGCUCGCGGGAGACAAACGUGAGAUAUCUCGGGCUGGCGGCCAUGACGCAUCUGGCCGUGAUGGCAGACACCCUCGACCCGAUCAAAAAACACCAGGACCUGAUCAUUGGUUCAUUACGAGAUCGCGACAUCACCGUCAGGCGGCAGGGUCUGGAUCUCUUGUACAGCAUGUGCGACUCUUCGAACUCGCAGAAGAUUGUGCACGAGUUGUUGAAGUAUUUGCAGAGUGCGGACUAUGCGAUCCGGGAGGAGAUGGUGCUGAAGAUUGCCAUCUUGACGGAAAAGUACGCAACCGAUGUCAAGUGGUAUGUUGACAUAUCCAUGCGACUGAUAGCCAUGGCCGGCGACCACGUCAGCGACGAGGUCUGGCAACGCAUCAUCCAAAUUGUCACCAAUAACGAUGAGCUCCAAGUCUACGCAGCUCAAAAUACCUUGCAAUAUUGCAAGGCGGAUCAUUGCCACGAAACGCUGGUCAAAAUCGGCAGCUACAUCCUCGGCGAAUUCGGGCAUUUAAUCGCGGAUCACGAAGGCUGCAGCCCGAUCGAGCAGUUCAUGGCUCUGCAGGCCAAGUUCAAUUCCUGCUCACCCAACACAAGAGCCAUGAUCUUGUCCGCAUUCGUCAAAUUUAUCAAUCUCUUCCCUGAGAUCAAGCCCCAACUGCUCCAGGCGUUCCAGACGUACAGCCACACCCUGGACUCUGAAUUGCAGCAGCGGGCAUGCGAAUAUCUGGCGUUGGCAACGAUGCCGUCAGACGACCUGUUGCGCACGGUGUGUGACGAAAUGCCUCCCUUCCCUGAGCGAGCGUCGGCCCUCCUUUCGCGUCUGGACAAGAGACAAGGCCCUAUGGGCGACAAGAGAACGUGGUCUGUGGCCGGCAAAGAUGGCAUGCCUGGUGUAGAACGCGGCGGAACACUUCGUCGCACCUUCUCUAGUGGUCCGUCAGCCACCUUGGCAAACGGCUCUUCCGGCGCAAACGGCACCAAUGGCGUCGCGAAAACGCCGAUAGAAGAGCUGGCGGGGUUGGACUUGUCGGCUGGCGUGACGCCGAACUUGGCGAGUGCUGUGCACUUGUCGCCAGACUGGGAGCCUGGGUACAAUCGAUUGUUGUUGAAACCCGAGGGGAUCUUGUACGAAGACACGCAGAUCCAAAUCGGGCUCCGAUCGGAGUAUCGCGGAGAGGUCGGCUGCAUCAUCCUCUACUUCACCAACAAAUCGUCAGUGGCGAUCCAGUCCUUUACCACGACUCUGGGCGACGCAUCAGCGGAACAGCUGAAGACGGAAACGAGGAGCCUACCCAACACCACCGUCCACUCGGGCACACAAACGCAGCAAAUGAUCAUUUUCGAAGCAAAGACGGUCUUCACGGAAUCCCCGACAAUUCGGGUGUCCUACAUGGCCGGCUCGCUACAAGCCUUGACGCUGAAACUUCCCGUCGCACUGCACAAGUACAUGGAUGGCGCGGUGCUCAGUGCUGAGGAGUUCUUCAAGCGGUGGAAGCAGAUUGGCAGUGCACCGAGAGAAUCGCAGCAGAUCUUCCAGAGCUACGAUAUCUCGCCCGAGUACACGCGGCAGAUGCUGCAGGGCUUCAAAUGGGGCAUCCUGGAGGGAGUUGAUGCAAACCCGAAAAACUUCGUGGGGGCAACGGUGCUGCAUACUAGCGCUGGAAAGUCGGGCUGUCUGCUCCGAUUGGAGCCCAACAGUGAGAACAAGAUGUACCGAUUGACCAUUCGCGCGACAGAUGAGGCGGUGCCACCGGUUUUGAUGAGAUAUAUGGAAGAGAGGCUGACAAAGGCCUGGCCCUCGUGA